AUGGCCUCUUGCAGCAGAAGCACACACCCUGUGCCACGGCACUACUCUUUCGGGCUUUGGCUUACGAGCAUUCUAUUGGUCACGGCGGCAACAACGCCGACGACGAAGGGGUGCGUAGAGGGCGAGAGGGACGCCCUUCUCGACUUCAAAACCGGCAUCGUCAAGGAUCCUUCCAGCCGUUUGUCAUCAUGGCAAGGCCGAGUAGACUGCUGCAGAUGGAGCGGGGUGGUCUGUGACAACAGAACCGGCCAUGUCGUGGAGCUUAACCUCAAUCCAGACUAUCUAAACAAUGAGACGUCUAUCGGAGGUGAGAUCAGACCAUCCUUGCUCCUGCUAACUCAUUUGGAGCGUCUCAACCUCAGCCACAAUGACUUCGGUGGGAUCCAAAUCCCGAAAUUUUUGGGUUCCCUUACCAAGUUGACGUAUCUCGACCUCUCCUGGUCCAACUUCGGCGGAGCCAUUCCGCCCCAGCUGGGCAACCUGUCCAGCCUCCGCUCGCUCGAUCUCCAGUCGUAUGGCUUAUCGAGCGAUCGCCUGCACUGGCUCUCGCGUCUCACUUCCUUGAGAUACCUCGACAUGAGCUUUGUGAACCUUUCCAUGGCCUCCCACAAUUGGCUUCAAGCGGUGAACAUGUUGUCCUCACUGGAGGAGCUACAUUUACCAUACUGUUGCCUCACCGACCUCCCCUCUUCUCUUUCCCAUGUCAACCUCACAGCACUGGCCACUCUGGACAUCAGUGACAACUUCUUCAACUCCACCUUCCCCAGCUGGCUAUGGAAACUCCACAGCCUCUCUUAUCUUGAUCUCAGUAUUUCUAUGUUUCAUGGUGCCAUACCCGCUGGGAUUGGAAAUUUGACUGGUCUAAGAUGGCUUUACCUUGGAUAUAAUUCACUUUCAAGUCCCAUCCCCAUCGAGAUUGGAAUUUGUAAUAGUCUAAAACUUAUUGAUCUCAGUGAUAAUUCACUCUUUGGACCCAUACCUGCUGGGAUUGGAAAUUUGACUGGUCUAAGAUGGCUUUACCUUGGAUAUAAUUCACUUUCAAGUCCCAUCCCCAUCGAGAUUGGAAUUUGUAAUAGUCUAAAACUUAUUGAUCUCAGUGAUAAUUCACUCUUUGGACCCAUACCUGCUGGGAUUGGAAAUUUGACUGGUCUAAGAUGGCUUUACCUUGGAUAUAAUUCACUUUCAAGUCCCAUCCCCAUCGAGAUUGGAAAUUUGAAUAGUCUAGAACUUAUAGAUCUCAGUGAUAAUUUACUGUCUGGAUCGAUGAUUGAUAAAAUAUAUGAUAAAGCUUAUGUUGCCAUCAAGAUAAGAAUUGCUUCAUCGACAACUGAUUGA